UGUGAGCUGCCGCAGCCCUUGCACUUCCCUGGGGGGCCACCCUGUUGGCACCUCUGAGGCCAAGGACAGACUGUGCGCCUUCCCCAACUUAAACCGGGGUCAUGACGGUCCCCAAGGAGAUGCCUGAGAAGUGGGCCCGGGCCGGGGCACCUCCGUCUUGGAGCCGAAAGAAGCCCUCUUGGGGGACAGAAGAAGAAAGGAGGGCACGGGCUAAUGACCGAGAAUAUAACGAGAAAUUCCAGUAUGCGAGUAACUGCAUCAAGACUUCGAAGUACAACAUUCUCACCUUCCUGCCUGUCAACCUCUUUGAGCAGUUUCAGGAAGUUGCCAACACUUACUUCCUGUUCCUUCUCAUUCUACAGUUGAUCCCACAGAUCUCUUCCCUGUCCUGGUUCACCACCAUUGUGCCUUUGGUUCUUGUCCUUACCAUUACAGCUGUUAAAGAUGCCACUGAUGACUACUUCCGCCACAAGAGUGAUAACCAGGUGAAUAACCGUCAGUCUCAGGUGCUGAUCAAUGGAAUUCUCCAGCAAGAGCAGUGGAUGAAUGUCUGUGUUGGUGAUAUCAUCAAGCUAGAAAAUAACCAAUUUGUAGCGGCGGAUCUUCUCCUCCUUUCCAGUAGUGAGCCCCAUGGGCUGUGUUACAUAGAAACAGCAGAACUCGAUGGAGAGACCAACAUGAAAGUACGCCAGGCGAUUCCCAUCACCUCGGAACUGGGAGACAUCAGUAAGCUUGCCAAAUUUGAUGGUGAAGUAAUCUGUGAACCGCCCAACAACAAGCUGGACAAAUUCAGCGGAACCCUCUACUGGAAAGACAACAAAUUUCCCCUGAGUAACCAGAACAUGCUGCUGCGGGGCUGUGUGCUGCGAAACACCGAGUGGUGCUUCGGGCUAGUCAUCUUUGCAGGUCCUGACACCAAGCUGAUGCAGAACAGUGGCAGGACAAAGUUCAAGAGGACAAGUAUUGAUCGCCUGAUGAAUACACUGGUGCUCUGGAUUUUUGGAUUCCUGGUCUGUAUGGGGGUGAUCCUGGCCAUUGGCAAUGCCAUCUGGGAACAUGAGGUUGGGAUGCGCUUCCAGGUCUACCUGCCCUGGGAUGAGGCAGUGGACAGUGCCUUUUUCUCUGGCUUCCUCUCCUUCUGGUCCUACAUCAUCAUCCUCAACACCGUCGUGCCCAUUUCACUAUAUGUCAGUGUGGAAGUCAUCCGGCUGGGUCACAGCUACUUCAUCAACUGGGACAAGAAAAUGUUCUGCAUGAAGAAGCGGACACCCGCUGAGGCCCGCACCACCACACUCAAUGAGGAGCUGGGCCAGGUGGAGUACAUCUUCUCUGACAAGACGGGCACCCUCACCCAGAACAUCAUGGUCUUCAACAAAUGCUCCAUCAAUGGCCGCAGCUACGGUGAUGUGUUUGAUGUCUUGGGACACAAAGCUGAAUUAGGAAAGAGGCCUGAACCUGUUGACUUCUCUUUUAAUCCUCUGGCUGAUAAGAAGUUCUUAUUUUGGGACCCAAAUCUGUUGGAGGCUGUCAAGAUGGGAGACCCACACACACAUGAGUUCUUCCGCCUUCUUUCCCUUUGUCAUACUGUCAUGUCAGAAGAAAAGAAUGAAGGAGAGUUGUACUACAAAGCCCAGUCCCCGGAUGAGGGGGCCCUGGUCACUGCAGCCAGGAAUUUUGGCUUUGUGUUCCGCUCUCGUACUCCCAAAACCAUCACCGUCCAUGAGAUGGGCACAGCCAUCACCUAUCAGCUACUGGCCAUCCUGGACUUCAACAAUAUCCGCAAGCGCAUGUCAGUUAUAGUGCGGAAUCCAGAGGGGAAGAUCCGACUCUACUGCAAAGGCGCUGACACUAUCUUACUUGACCGACUCCAUCCCUCCACCCAGGAGCUACUCAACAGCACUACUGACCACCUGAAUGAAUAUGCAGGUGAAGGACUGAGGACCCUGGUGCUGGCCUACAAGGAUCUGGAUGAAGAAUACUAUGAGGAAUGGGCUGAGAGACGGCUACAAGCCAGCCUCGCCCAGGACAGCCGGGAAGACAGACUGGCUAGCAUCUAUGAAGAGGUUGAGAAUGACUUGCAGCUGCUGGGUGCAACAGCCAUUGAGGACAAGCUUCAGCAGGGGGUUCCAGAGACCAUCGCACUUCUGACACUAGCUAACAUCAAGAUUUGGGUGUUAACUGGAGACAAACAAGAGACAGCUGUGAACAUUGGCUACUCCUGCAAGAUGUUAACAGAUGACAUGACAGAGGUGUUCGUAGUCACAGGCCACACUGUGCUGGAGGUGCGAGAAGAACUCAGGAAAGCCCGGGAGAAAAUGGUAGACUCAUCUCGCACUGUAGGCAAUGGUUUCACGUAUCAGGAGAAGCUUUCUUCUUCCAAGCUCACGUCUGUCCUGGAGGCUGUUGCUGGGGAGUAUGCUCUGGUCAUCAACGGUCACAGCCUGGCCCAUGCACUGGAAGCAGACAUGGAGGUGGAGUUUCUAGAGACAGCGUGUGCCUGCAAAGCUGUCAUCUGCUGUCGGGUGACCCCCUUGCAGAAGGCACAGGUGGUGGAACUGGUUAAGAAGUAUAAAAAGGCUGUGACCCUGGCCAUUGGAGACGGGGCAAAUGAUGUCAGCAUGAUCAAAACAGCUCACAUUGGUGUGGGUAUCAGCGGCCAGGAAGGGAUCCAGGCUGUCCUGGCCUCGGAUUACUCCUUCUCUCAGUUCAAGUUCCUGCAGCGCCUCCUGCUGGUGCAUGGUCGCUGGUCCUACCUGCGCAUGUGCAAGUUCCUCUGCUAUUUCUUCUAUAAGAACUUCGCUUUUACCAUGGUCCACUUUUGGUUUGGCUUCUUCUGCGGCUUCUCGGCCCAGACUGUGUAUGACCAGUAUUUCAUCACUCUUUAUAACAUUGUGUAUACCUCCCUCCCGGUCCUGGCUAUGGGAGUCUUUGAUCAGGAUGUUCCAGAGCAGCGGAGCAUGGAGUACCCUAAGCUAUAUGAGCCAGGCCAGCUGAACCUCCUUUUCAACAAACGGGAGUUCUUCAUCUGCAUUGCCCAGGGCAUCUACACCUCUGUGCUCAUGUUCUUCAUCCCCUAUGGAGUAUUUGCUGAAGCCACACGGGACGAUGGCACACAGCUGGCCGACUACCAGUCUUUUGCGGUCACUGUGGCUACAUCACUGGUUAUUGUGGUCAGUGUGCAGAUUGGGCUGGAUACAGGCUAUUGGACUGCCAUCAACCACUUCUUCAUCUGGGGCAGCCUUGCUGUUUAUUUUGCCAUCCUCUUUGCCAUGCACAGCAAUGGGCUCUUUGACAUGUUUCCAAACCAGUUUCGGUUUGUGGGGAAUGCCCAGAACACCCUGGCCCAGCCCACUGUGUGGCUCACCAUCGUGCUCACCACUGUGGUCUGCAUCAUGCCUGUGGUUGCCUUUCGGUUCCUCAGGCUCAACUUGAAGCCAGAUCUCUCUGACACGGUUCGCUACACCCAGCUGGUGAGGAAGAAGCAGAAAGCACAGCACCGCUGCAUGCGGAGGGUAGGCCGCACUGGCUCCCGGCGCUCCGGCUAUGCCUUCUCCCACCAGGAGGGCUUUGGGGAGCUUAUCAUGUCUGGCAAGAACAUGCGACUCAGCUCCCUGGCUCUCUCCAGCUUCACCACCCGCUCCAGCAGCAGCUGGAUCGAGAGCCUACGAAGGAAGAAAAGUGACAGUGCCAGCAGCCCCAGCGGUGGGGCUGAGAAGCCCCUCAAAGGGUGAAGACGUGGACCAGGACACCUUGUGCCCAUGACCAGAGCAGACAAGGCCCUGGCAGGUCACCAAGGGAACUGCUGGUCCUCAUUCCUUGCCUCUUGUCUCCCUGGUAGACUCUUCUUGCUGGUCUCACCAGCCUGGGGAAAAGGGAGGAAAGGGCCUCAGGGGUCGAGCAGAGGCUCAGGUAUCAGGCAGUAGCCCCAGUGGGGGAUCAGAUGUGGAACCAAAACCAAAAAAACUGAGAUUGAGUCUGCCCCUGCCUUGCCCUGCCCAGUAGCCCACAGGGAGAUGAUAAUCUCUAUAUUUUUUUACUCUUGUUCCUCAGAGGGGAUCUAGUGCCCCUGUUCCUGAAUUCUGAAAGAAUGUAUCAUGCCGGGAAGCCAGAGACCUGCUGGGGCCUCUGAGCCCCUCAUCGUGUGUGCGUCUCCUUGAUUUGUGUUUGUGUCCAGUUUGGUUUUGUCUUCUUAUUUUUUAUUUGGCAAGUGGAGGAGGCAUUAUGUGACUUCUGUGUUGUGAUUGGUGUCUUAACUCUCCUAGGUAGAGGAGAGCACAUACUGGGCUGCCCCUUCCUGCUGGAGUGGUUUGGGAGCUGCUUGCCCUCCAGCCACUAGUGCCCCCCUUGGGACUGACCAGAGGGGGAGGGACUGUCAGCCAGAGGAGUUGCGAGAAAAAAAAAAAUGUCUUGAUGCCUUCCUCACCUUGAGAGUAGAGUGCGGCCCUUCCCCAAGGCACACAUAGCAAUUCUUGGACUCCUUAAGCUCUGCUGGUAUUGGCUGGAGCCUGGAAAAGUGUCCCCAUCAUUCUCAGUGAGCUAAAGCUGAGUGUGAAGUUUAGUUUUACCUAAGGAAAAAAAUAAGUUGUUUUCUUUCAUUUUAGUACUAAGUUCAUUAGCAGACCUCCUCCCCACUUCCUUCCCCCUCCUCAUCUGGUACUUUCUUACAUCCCUACCCCAGGAUCCUGAGGUGGGACUGAAGCGGAGACUCACUCCCAGUGAGCAGGGGGCCCUGUCCCUCCCCUCCACCCCCAGGCCCAGCCCCUGGGCAGAGGUGAUAGGAAGAGGGCAAGCCCCUCCUUAGGGAAAACAACAAUAACAACAACAAACGGGCUUAGAUCCGGAGUGCCCAGUUUGGUCUGAGCAGGGCUCCAUUGGCGCUUGGGCAAAGCCUGUCCUGUCUCUCCGUCAUCCACACUGCUGUCUGUCCCCCCAGUCAGGCACUUCUCAAGUUAGUUGCUACCUAAUUAUCCUUGGGGAGGAGAAUCCUUUCUGCUUCUUUGGUAUUUGGGGAGUUAGAGAGGAGUGGGAGCUGGAGCCAGGCUGUAGUGGGGUAGGUGUGGAGUGGGGGAUGCAAGGUAUUGACAGGGAAAUCCCUUUUGGCCACACAGUUUACAAACCCAAUACCAUGUAUGUUUGUGUGUCUCUCAAGGUGAGAGUCUGAUUUUUAUACCAAAGAGGAAAUGAUUUUUUUUCAUAUUUGGUUUGUCUAUAUUAUAUAAAUAUAUAUAUAUACAGUUAUAUAUAUUAUUUUUUUGGUUCUCUCUCAUUUUUUAGGGAGGGAGGAAAGUACCAAGUUGCAUUGAGCUGUAAUUAAGGAACAUUCUGUAUAAUUUAUGACACAUUUCUAUACUUGCAAAAAUUAUAUCAUUUUAUGGACAUAAAAGAAAAAUGCCUUUUUAUAAAAUUCCAAUUUCUGAGAAGUA